AGAUGGCGCUCGAGAUAUCGAACUAUACAGCGCUUCCUGUGCAAAGGCUACGCUCUGCUCUCUCGAUAAUCGGUCAGCCUUUUCCGGUCUCCAAGCUCGUUGAGAGACGUGUUGUUGACAGCUUUUGCAACAUUAAAAAUGCCGUCUGUCACGCUAAAGGAUGUUGACCAGCAUAAGUUCGUCAAAGCAUUUGCUGCUUUCUUAAAAAAGACUGGUAAGAUGCGUGUCCCUGAAUGGAUCGACAUUGUCAAGUCUGCCAGGUUCAAGGAGCUGGCACCCUAUGACCCAGACUGGUACUACACCAGGUGUGCUGCCCUUGUGCGACACAUUUACAUUCGCAGCCCCAUUGGUGUUGGAGCUGUGACCAAAAUCUUUGGUGGACGCAAGCGCAAUGGCACCCACCCCAGCCAUUUCUGCAGAUCUGCUGGUGGAGUUGCACGUAAAGCUCUCCAGAGCCUGGAACAGCUUAAGCUUAUUGAAAAGACCCCAGUUGGUGGCAGGAAGCUCACAAGCCAGGGCCGAAGGGACCUUGACCGCAUCGCUGCACAGGUUAAGGCUAAGAGCAAAAAACAACUGAAGUUACAAGAGACCCUUGUACUGUAAAGUAUUUAAUAAGAAUUGAAUAAUAAAAAAUGUAAAAACUA